AUGGAGACGAAAUUGGCCAAGAACAUGAAGAUAAAGGCACUGCACCACAUGUGGACGUGGUUACCCCAGGUAACCAUAAAGAUGGAAAAGUGCAUUGUGUUUACAGACACUCUCAUGUCGUUGAUAAAGUCUCUAUUGUGGUCACCCUUUACAUUACAAGAAAACCUAUGUUGGUACUUGUCUUGUUGUGUCCUGUGGAUGUAAUUCCGGCCAUGUUGGUGGGAGAUGGGCAGCACAGCCAUCUUGUGACAAGAUCCAAGCAGGCAAUAUCAUGCUUGCUUCUUCUCUGCUGUUGUCUGGGAAUUUGUAUGCUAAAGUGGGGUUGAUGUUCAACUUUUGCAAUCUGCAGUAUUUUUCAUCUACACUGUUUAAUCAGUAUCAGAAGUUGUGCAUCAUCCCUGCAAUCAACAAAUUCUGGGAACAGCACCAGAAACAACUAUGGGAAGAGAAGGUUGGUAAAGAGGUUUUUUUAAGUGGUGAUGGAAGAAAUGACUCUCCUGGUCACAGUGCUCAGUACUGCACAUACAGCCUUGCUGACAUGGAUGAUUAG